AUGACCACUUUCACAAUCAGACAAGCCAAAACAAAAGACGCCCCACUCCUCCCAACAGUAGAGCACUCAGCAGCCCAAGCAUUUCUAAAUCUCCCGAAGCACGCAUGGCUAGCCAACGGAGACACACAAUCAGUGGAAGAACAUCUCGAAUUCAUCAAAGACGGGUUCGAAUGGGUAGCCGUUGAUGCGAAGGACGCUCCGGUUGCAUUUGUCAACGGAAAGCUAGCGGAGAAAACCUUUCAUAUACAUGAGAUCUCCGUUCACUCGCUUCACCAGGGCAAGCGGGUUGGUCGGCGGUUGAUGGAAACGGUGAUACAAUGGGCUGGCGCUGUGGGCUGCUCGGCUAUUACUCUGACUACUUUUCGAAAUGUGGCGUGGAAUGAAGGCUUCUAUGCCUCGCUGGGGUUUAGGACUUUGGGGUCUUCGGAGUUGACGCCCGCGCUGGAGGUUGUUAUGAGGCGGGAGGAUGAGGCGGGGCUGUUGGUUGCGGAGAGAUGUGCGAUGUGCUUGUGUGUGGAUUGA